GUCACUGAGCGUGCUUGUGUUCGAUUUGUUGUCCUCGGGCACGCGGCCAACGAACCGCAUCGCGCGUGUACCCCAAGUUCAAAAAAUUGCAUCUUCCCUCCGAAGGCGAGAUUUUGAAAUAUUUGUCCUUGCAAUUUGUCGCGGGCAUCGAUCAAGUGCGAACUAUACUAUUUGUUAUUUUUUUUUUUUUUUUCUGUUCACUAUUUUAAAUUAUUUUCCGUGCGGUUGUCUUCCAAUUUUCUGUUACCUUUUCUUCUACUUCUUCUUCUUCUUCUUCUUGAAUAUCGUAUAAAAUGACCGUGGCGAAGUUUCACAGUUCGUGGAUUGUGACAAGUUUGAUAAAAGUUUUGUGUUGAUUUUGUUGAGUUCGUUUUGGGCGGAUUUUUAUCUCCUCAUCUUCAUCAUCGCGUAGUCAUCGUCUGCGAAUUGCAGAAUUUUUGCCAAGAUAUGAGGCGGACCGUGACGUUUUGUGUAACUGCGAUUAUCUUCUUCCUGUCAGCUGUCAAAGGCGGUAACAUGGACGUCGAAGACCUGGAUCCGGGUGUCCAAGAUUACGUAACCGACGAGGAUUACAACGACGUUUUCGACGCAACGACAAACGGAACGGAAAUUGACGCGACGUCGAGCACAAAGGGCGGAACGUUGAAAUUCGUUCGUGCGCUGAACAACAUGACGCGAGAAUCCGGAGGGGUGGUCAACAUGCGUUGCGAGGUUGUCGGCGAUCCGCCGCCGAAAAAGAUACGUUGGUACAAAAACGAAGCGCCGGUUGAAGAGGAGCCGGGCAGAGUGAGCAUAAGGAAAAUUCACUCCCAGGCGCACGAGCAUUCGGCCCAAAACAUCGCCGGUAGCCGUUUGAAGAUAACGAGACUCGACGUUAUGGACACCGGUUAUUAUUCAUGCAGAGCAAACAACGAUCAAGAUCGUAUACAGAGCGAGGCAAUCCUCCAAGUAAAAAUGGUCCGAUACGCCGGCCGACCGAUAAACGCGGCAUCGGACGUAGGAGGAAGUUUUUCACCAAUGAUACCGCAUUUUCCCGACCUUCUCGAUGGCACGGCGAUCGGAGACAAGCUGGAUAUAUCUGGAAUCGGCGUGUCGACCCCGCACAUAUCGCACCUGAGUCCAACAAACCCGUUCAGCGACAUAUUUCCACCCAGCCCUCAACCGACGAGUUCGCAAUCCAGCACCGUCGACCUGAGCUCGAUAAACGGGCAUUUUCAAUUGCCCCACGUGCCUACGAGCGUUGGGGGAAGUAUACCGAUAAGAAACGAAGACAAGGGUGGAACUUGCGAACUAUACCUUGGGAAAGUGUGCGCAGACUUUGUCGGCAAUCAUUCCGUUUACGUACCGUCUACAACGACGCAGAAAGAACUUGAAGAAAGACUUUUGCAGGCUUUCCGAGUGAUAAAUUAUUCAAACGAAUUGUCGUCGACAUGCGAAAGAUACGCCAAGCCUUCGCUCUGCUUUUCGGCAUUCGCGAUAUGCAGAGAUCAACAGGCCAAGUAUCACCAAAAGCCAAAAAACUCGGAGGCUAGUACGCAGCUAUUCAACCUGCUUAAUGCCAAUCAGGGUAAAAUCGUGUCACCAGACGACACGGACGGAGAGGACAACCUCAACGAUUUCACAAAAACGCACGGCGUGAUGAGGAGAAAAAGGAAAGCGGAAUACAGUUCAAAGUUUAGCUUUACGCUGGACAGCGAUGGUAAUUUUCCAUCCAGAAAGAUCGGGGUAGAAACGAUUAACGUCGACGCGAGAACGGCGGGAAGAAAUCGCUUGAAUCACAAACUGCGAAGGAUAUGUCGAGAGGAGUGUGAGAUAUUGGAGAACGAAUUGUGCCGAAAAGAGUACGUGAUUGCGAAGAGGCAAAAAGUGAUAAGUCAGGUGCCUCUUUUGGAAUGUUCGGAUCUUCCACCCGACGGAACGCCGGAAGCAGCCGACUGUUUGAGUCUUGGAAUAUCAGCAGUGAAGGACGUACAAGAAGACGAUCGCUGCUACUGGGGAACGGGCCAAUCUUAUCGAGGCGUUGCGAAUCACAGCGCGUACGGUAAACCGUGUCUGCUUUGGUCUCAACAGUUGAACGUCGAGAUAUCGGAUUACCAAGAACUUGUGGGCAGACAUUCGUACUGUCGAAAUCCAGGCAGCAGGGAAUCUCAGCCCUGGUGUUUCGUCGAAGGCAAUACCGGGAUGGAGGUCCAGUUUUGCAACAUCCCGAAAUGCGUCGAAAACUUGUGGAUAUACGCGCUGGUCGGCGUAGUUUUGACGAGCGGUUUCAUCGUCAUAAUAAUAUGCUACUGCUGCUGUUACAAAAGUAGGAAGUCGAGAAGACAACCGAACCAUUUACCGUCCAACAAGAUGCUGACGGGUAUGCAAUGCGACAAAAACAUCUACGACGGUAGGCGAAGCACCGCUCAGCCGAUGGAAAUGAAUUCGCUGCUGGCAGGACCAGGGAACAUAACUCCUGGGGCGGGAACCCUGAGCAGCGGAAGUAGCCGAACGUCGAACAACCGAGUACCACAGUUCUCGAUCCACAAUGUCGCAUUUUUACAAGAAUUGGGAGAAGGAGCAUUCGGCAAAGUCUACAAGGGUGAAUUGCAAACUGGCAAUAAAGCUGAACCCACGAUAUUCGUGGCUAUAAAAACGCUGAAGGAAAACGCGACGCCGAAAACUCAAAGCGAUUUCAAACGCGAAGUCGAUCUUAUGACCGAUCUUAGACACCCCAACAUAAUCUGUCUUCUCGGCGUUAUUCUUAAGGGUGAACCGAUGUGCAUGCUGUUCGAAUACAUGACCCAAGGUGACUUGCACGAGUUCCUCAUCUGCCAUUCGCCAAGAUCUGACGUACCGCUGAACAACGGCAGUGGAAAAGUAUUGGAACAGCCCGAAUUCCUUCACAUAGCGCUUCAAAUAGCGUCCGGCAUGGAGUACCUGGCAGGCCACCAUUACGUUCACCGUGAUUUGGCGGCGCGAAAUUGCCUUGUCGGUGAAAAUCUUACCGUAAAAAUAUCCGAUUUUGGUUUAUCGCGAGACAUUUACAGCAGCGACUACUACAGAGUACAAUCCAAGAGUCUCCUGCCGGUGAGAUGGAUGCCGCCCGAAUCGAUACUCUAUGGAAAAUUCACAACAGAAUCGGACGUCUGGAGCUACGGCGUUGUGCUGUGGGAAAUAUACAGUUACGGUUUACAGCCUUACUACGGAUACAACAACCAGGAAGUAAUCGACAUGAUAAGAUCACGUCAGCUGCUCCCCUGUCCGGAAGAUUGUCCGACGAUGAUAUACAGUCUGAUGAUAGAGUGUUGGCACGAAGUGGCCAACAGAAGGCCACAGUUUCCCGAAAUCCAUCACAGGCUGCAGAAUUGGUACACGAAUCAAACGUACCUCAGCGACUUCUGCAACGAGUCGGUUACGAGCUACUCCGGCAGUAGCCACAAGAGUACAAACAAAACGAAUUCUACGCAGCUGUCAGCACCGAUCUACAAGACCGAUUCGUUGAACCGAAAGGAGUCGAGUAGUUUCAAGUGUAACCAAGAGAUGCAGCCGUUGUGCAAUAUAAAUGAUCACAACGUGCCGAUCAAGACAAUGAAUCCGAACGUGGAUUCGCGUCAGCAGAAUUUCAACCUACAGUUGGCGAACGAACAACACGCCGUAGCUACGCCGCUGAAAACUACCAAUCAAUCGAGUUAUCAGAACGCCAAUUCCAACGUGAACCUAAACGAGUACAAUGACAAACAGUGCUGCUCGCCGAAAUUGAGCGGUGCCAAAAAGGUUUUGCCCCCCGUACAUCAGUCAAUGAUCAAGAGCAGUCCGCCAAAUGGAACGAGGCCGAUGCAAAACGGCGCUCAGUUGGUGGUCAGGCUACCCGAUCCGAGUAAAGUCACAACGGAAACUAGAGUGUCGAAAUGAUUUUGAUACAUGCCCCGUGAACGAGAUCUCGUACUUUAUAUAAUAUAUAUAUAUUGUUUAUAAGCGUUAACGAAUGGAAGAAAGAACAAGGAAAUAAACAGCAGAAAAUUAGAUGUAAUUAAGGUAAAUGUUUCAUUUUUUUUUCGCGUCUUAGUCUUCUUUCAAAUCUUUUCGCUGCUAAUAUCCAAUUUUAAUACUGUAAAAAGUUCGUCGGUUAUUACACGUUAUACUUGUAUUACUUGAUUCGAUAAGAAUUUAAUUACUAACGUUAGAUUAUUUUACUAGAACCUUCUACGAUAAGUCGAUAAAAUUUUUAUACGAAAGAAAAUGGCAAGAAUGAUAUGUUAUUACCCAAAUUAUAUUUAUUAUUCCUAUUAUUAUUAUUAUUAUUAUUAUUACUGUUAUUGUCACUUCAGCGGUGAAAAGUUUUGCAAAGAUUAUUGAAACAUUGUACCGUAACGUCGGAUCAUUGUGUACUUUUGAUAUUUACGACCGACUAUAAGCGAUAAAUCUAACAAUUGUUGUUAGGUAAGACGCUGAAGAAAAAUAAAAAAAGAAAACUUUUUCAAUAUUUAAUAUUUCGAAGACUUUAAUUUUUGGAUGUGUUUUUGCCCGAUUUAGAAUUAGAGUUAAAAAAAAAAAAAUAACUAAAAAAUAUAUACACCGAUAUACGUAGUAUAAUAUACAGACUGCUCAGAAUCACUAUACAUUUUUUUUUUACAAUUUUAUUAUUAUUAAUAUUAUUACCAUUAUUAUUAUUACAGAAAUUGUAAUUCAACUGCCAAAACAGCCCAAGAUCUUUUGGUAACUGUCAUUGUUCUUGUUUUUUUUUUUUUUAAGUAUACAUUUACCGUUGUAACGUAACGAUAUUUUAUUAAUUAGAUAUUAAGAAUAAUACACACAUCCGAGUUGUGGAAAGUUGGAUUGAAAACUAUUUUCCAAACUUGAAAGAAUUAAAAGAAGAGAAUUUGGUAAUAACGAUUAUUUUUUUUUGUUUCUUAUUAUAUAUUUAUUUGUCAGGUGUUUAUAAUUCAAUCAAAGAAUUGUAAAUUAUUAUAAUUAUUAUUUACGACUUUUGUUAAUAGAUUCCGAAUGAUUAUCGCGGUUAAUUUUCAAACCAUAAAUUCGUCGUGAAAAAGUCGACUUACGCGUCGUGUGUUAUUUUUUUUUAGAUGUUUAAUAUUUCUUUACUAAAAAAUUUUUUAAAACGAAAAUAUUUACGUUCAAGUUUCGACAAAUUUUAUUUCAUAUUAGAAUGGCGUGAUUUGACCGAUGUGAUUUGAAACUCCGACUUACUUGUUCAGAAGCAAAAAUUCAUGUAUAAUAUACCGUUGCAUAGAACGCGCGAUACUUUAUCGAUAGAUUUUCAUAUCCCGGAUCUAAUUUUUUCAAAUGUAGUUUCUUUUCUCUCUCUCUCUCUUUUUUUUCAACUAAAGCGCAUAAUAUCGUGAACUAUACGACUUAGAAAACUUUCGAAUUACAUUUAAAUAAUAAAAGAAAUUUAAUUCACGCAUAGACGGAGAGAAAGGAAGAAAGAAAGAACUGUUGAGUAUAUCCUAAUGAUAAAAAAAAAUUAUCAUACGUGGUUUAAAUAUUCGGUUUGCGAAAGCGAGAUGAAAACGUUUCGCGUACAGAAAAGAAAAGAUAAAAAGAUUCUUUGUAUAGAUUAGGAAAAAAAAAAAAAAAAACCAACAAAACAAAAACAAAUAUAUAUUAUAUGUAUAUAAUUAAUGGUACGUGUAUAGAUCGUAUUAUGUAUAAUAAUAAACAACGUUUAACUGAUAAGAAAUUUUAUAUGGUACCUCCGGUAUGAAAAUAAAAAAAAAAAUAAUAAUAAUAAAGUAAAAAAGAAAAUAAAUCGAAAUAUAAAGAAAACGAGAAAAAAGAACGAUGUAAACCAAACUCGUGUAUAAUAAAAAAUGGAUUGAGAUUGAGAUUGAUCGGAGAUCUUGUGCGAGACGGAAAUCGUUGACGACGAUGAUGAUGAUGAUUAAAAUUAAUAAUAAAAAUCGAAUGCAACUGUAGGCGCGGAUACUUUUCAUACAGGCAUUUUUUUAAACAAACAUGAUAAUAAAGUAUGACGCAAAGAAAAAAAAGAAUUCUACAAACUGCAAAUAAAGUU